AUGGACGUAUCCGGCUCAGUAAAUCUUUUAGAAAAUGAAUCUAUACCUUGUUUCACUUGCUUUCGCGUUGCACAAGAUAAUUUAUCAAUUCUAAAUAGUACCGAUACAAGCGCCAAUGUAGCGGAUUUAUUAACGAAACAUUUCUGGUUCCAACGGGAAGACUUCCAUCAGGAUCAGAUCAUCUGCCGACAAUGCUGGGCUCAGUUGAGCGAUUUCGACCGCUUCUAUCGGGAAGUGCAGCGGAACUACGACCAGUUGCAGUUUGUUGGAAUUAAGUUGGAACCAGACGAUGAACUUGGAACAAGUGGACCGUUGGUUGAAGUUCAACUGGAUGCUUCGCUCGAUGGUAAUCAAUUGAAGCAGGAAUGCCAAUCAAAUGAUGAAGAAGAGAACGAAGCAAAAUUGGAUUCCACGAUAGAUUCGGACGAUUCCUCCGAAGAGGCACUAAAGGUAGCUACUAAUAAACCUAAGCGAAAAUAUACGCGGAAAAAAAAUGACGACAGUCCUAAAAAACCCAAAACAAAAUCUUCCUAUCCAUUGAGAACCGCGGAGCAAUUAGCGGAAGAGGAUGAGAUAAUCAAAACCCACGUACAGUAUCUGUGUGAAACUUGUGGAAUAAAUAGUUCGACGUUUACCCAAUUCUUGAAGCACAGUUCAGAAAAGCAUGGACCCAAAGGCUUCAUUGUAUGCUGCGGUAAGCGCUACUUUAAAAAAGUUCGUCUUCUCGAGCACGUUCAGCAGUUACAGAAUCCCGGCCGGUUCAAGUGCGAUAUUUGCUUUAAAAGUUUUAUCAGCAAUCUUGGGGUUCGAAGGCAUAAGCAGGAGAUUCAUCUGCCGGAUGAGUUGAGAAUUUACGGUUGCGAACGGUGUCCUAAACGAUUUGCUCGCGAGCGGCAACUUCAGACGCACUUGAAAGGUCACGAGACAUUGGACAAUGCUACGGUCAAGUGUGAAAUCUGUGGAAAAGCGUUUCCAACGGAAGCGUUGUUAAAAACGCACGUCAAAAUCCGCCACACACGUCCCACCGACUAUAUCUGCGAUGUGUGUGCAAAAGGAUUCUAUUCCAAAGCGGAAUUUCUGCGCCACAAACAAUCGCACGAACUAACGCCGGCUGAACUGCGCGUCCAGUGCGACGUGUGUAAGCAAUGGUUGAAGAAUCAAACCAGCUUUCGAAAGCACUACCAGCGGCACCAGCAGGGGCCGGCCAGCUGUGAUUUGUGUGACCACGUAUCGCCGAACAAGGCCGCCCUUGCCGGUCACAAACGGCACCGUCAUCGGGAACCGACACAGCACGUCUGUCAGGAGUGUGGCAAGGAAUUUCGCAAGGCACUGACCCUGCGGGAACACAUGGCAUCGCACACCGGAGAGGCCCUGUACUCGUGCAGUUUCUGCGAACGGACGUUCAAUUCCAAUGCGAACAUGUUCAGCCAUCGAAAGAAGAUGCACCCGCGGGAAUGGUUGGCAAUGAAAAAUAGCCAGAAGCUGGCACAGCAGGGUAUCGCCGAGGUGGCAUCCGCAGAAUAG